UUAUUCCGUAGUCUGUGGUAAAAACAUUUAAUACAUGGGCGUGGUUUUACCAAAACAACGCUAAAUAGAUUGGGCGUAUGGGUGUGGUCUGUGCGCGAUAUCGGCCAAUCAGCUGAGGGAUCCCGCUGUGGGCGGGGCCGCGGUUUGUUGCAGCGAGUUCUGUGCGGUUCUUUAUAUAUUAGUUCAGUGGCUCCAACGAUAGAAAGUGGGCCGUACCAUCUGCAGUCGGAGGGGUGGAGCCACACACACACCGACAUCCAGAAUAUCGCUUUUCCUCAGAAAUGGAGCACUAGCUUGGAUUAUAAGGAUUUACUCGUAAAGUAUUUAUAUUAUCGGCAGCUGUGACGGGAAAUUAGGCGGAUCGUUGUUGACGUUCAUCUGCUGUAUUUUCACCGUGGAUCCCUUUUCCAGCAUUGACGGUCUUCUAGUCCCGAGCUCCAGUCUCUUUAACGGGAUUCACGCUAGCUGUAUAUCAGUAGUGUAUUUCUGCAAUGAACUGAACCGACAGGAAUAUUUUAAGGAAUAACCUGGGAAAAUCAUGGAAUAAUACGAAUACAUAACAUUUAUUCAGGUGUGGUGAGCGAGCGAGAGCGUCAGGAUGCCGCUGGUCAAGCGCAGUAUCGAGCCUCGUCACCUGUGUCACACAGCUCUGCCGCACAGCAUCAAGAACGAGCUGGAGUGUGUGACCAACAUCUCUCUGGCCAACGUCAUCCGUCAGCUGAGCAGCCUGAGUAAAUAUGCGGAGGAUUUGUUCGGCGAGCUCUUUAAUGAAGCUCAUUCCUUCUCAUUUCGAGUGAAUUCGCUUCAGGAGAGAGUCGACCGCCUGUCAAUCAGCGUCACUCAACUCGACCCCAAAGAGGAGGAGUUGUCUCUUCAGGACAUCACCAUGAGGAAGGCCUUCCGCAGCUCCACCAUCCAGGACCAGCAGCUGUUUGAGCGUCAGUCUCUGCCCGUCCCCAUGCAGGAGACAUACCAGCUGUGCGAACAACCUCCGCCGCUGAACAUCCUCACGCCAUACAGGGAUGAUGGGAAGGAAGGGCUGAAGUUCUACACCAACCCGUCGUACUUCUUCGAUCUGUGGAGAGAGAAGAUGCUGCAGGACACAGAAGACAAGAGGAAAGAGAGGCGGAAACAGAAGUUGCAGGAUCCCCACAUGUAUGAUCAGGUCUAUAAAUAUCUAGACCUUCCAGUGCAGCAGAAGAACAUCGACCGUCCUCAAGAUCCGGAGAAGAUCCCGCGAGCGCCUCACGACCGAAAGAAGGAGUGGCAGAAGAUGGCUCUGGGAGCGGAGCUCGCCGACGCCGAGGACAAACACAGAGACGCCAACGGAUCGGCAGCCUACCACGAGCACAGGUACAUUGAUAAUCUGGACGGGCCGUUCUCUCUGGCCGCGCUGCCGUACUCUCAGAUGAACGAACUCCUGAACCGUACGGGAGAGAGAAACUACGGCCGUCCGCAUGAGCCUCCACCACCACCACCAACCUACCCCCCCGACACCAAACCAGCCUCCGUUAUCAGCUCCAGCUCAGGUUUCUCGGACAGCGUCACGCAGUCUCCGGCUCGCACGCCUGUCUUCCUCAACUCCAAUGCCCCACCCCCGGCCCCUCCCCCUUUACCCCCGCCCCCUCCUCCCCUGCCAGCCAGCCAAUCAAGAAUGCGCGGUUCAGCCCCGCCUCCGAUCCCUCCCUUACCUUCCCAGCAGCCCCGGCCAUCCCCUCCCCGCCCCCUCCAGAUCGCCCCGGGCGUCCUGCACCCUGCCCCCCCUCCGGUGGCUCCGCCCCUUCACUCCUCCCCUGCCCGCGGACAUCUGGACAAGACUCCGCCCACAGCCGGAGACGGAAUGGCUUUGCCGCCGCCUCCCCCUCCUCCUCCUCUGCCCCUCCCAGGAAACAGAAGCUCCUCCCCCUGCUCAUCUUCAGGCCCACCCACCAUGCCUUCCUUCCCAUCAGGAGCGGUUUCGUCGCCGCCCACUCACUCCGGUCACGAGGUCAAGAGGUAUCCAUCCAACCUGCCACCAAUCAGCGACGCCCGCAGCGUUCUAUUGGAGGCCAUUCGUAAAGGGAUCCAGCUGAGGAAGGUGGAGGAGCAGCGGGAGCAAGAGGCCAAACACGAGCGCGUGGGGAACGAUGUGGCCACCAUCCUGUCGCGCCGAAUCGCCGUGGAGUACAGCGACUCCGAAGACGACUCCGAGUUCGACGAGGUCGACUGGAUGGAAUGAGAGAAAGACGAACGUCACGGGAUCAAGAGUUUCUAGGAAGGAGGCUUUAUGAAAUCUCAGCUAACCUUCUUCCCAAUAAGAGUUUUCCCACAAACACUCUCCGAUCAGUCGCAGUCUAAUUCAGGAAACAUCAGGACUGCAGACGACUGUAUUCCAUGUUCCCAGAAUGCUUUGCUUUAAUGUUUUUUAACCACUUGUUGUGCAAUUGAUGAAUGAAAAUAACCAUGUUGGGUUUUUUUUAUCUGUCAUAUUUCUUUCAUUUGAAUUCGUCCGUCUUUUAUUCUCAAUAGGAACAACAAAAGCGGUUGGUUUGUUGUUAUAGUUCGGCGCGAGAGACGACAGCGGCCUCUUCUGGUCACGUCAGGAACGUCUCAAUGCGGCAGAUCAAAAGUGUCAUAUCAGAAUGUGACGGAUGACUAUUAAACUUUCUAUAUCAUCUAAACCGUUCUUCCAUUUCAGAGAUGUGAUGUUUGAUGUCAUUUUGUGCUUGUGAUGGACAAAGUCGAAGGAAAAAAAAUGAAGGAACAUUUUUAUGAACUUGUCAAGACGACUUAAAAUACAUGAGUGAAUCUCUUGUCCAGGUUAUAUUUCACCUCACUAUGAAAAAUUAAAAACAAUUUGAAUUAAAAAAUUUAAUAAAUUUUUUUUUUUAAUUUCCAAUUAAGAAAAUGUAUUUUUUUUUUUAUUUAUCUUUUUAAUUUAAUUUAUUUUGGUAUUUUUUGAAUUGUAAUCAUGCAUUUUGUUGUGCCUAUAUAUAUAUAUAUAAUUUAUUUAUUAAUUUGGAGGAAAAAUGUGUUGAAAUAUAUUUAAUUAAAAUAUAUUAAAAUAUAUAUUAAAUAUUAUAUAAUAUAUAAACACACACACAAAUAUAUAGGUAUAUAUUAAAGGUAAAAUUGUAUGAAUAAAAAUAUUUAAAAUAAUUUUUCCUCCAGAUUAAUAAAUAAAUUUUUAGAUAUAAACAUUGAUUCUAAAAUGGUCAUUUAUCCCUAAAAUGGGCUUAAUUUUCUUUUUCUUUCUUUCUUUUUUAUUAUAUGACAUUUUUUCUAAAUUAAUUCUUUGAUUUUGGGGUGAAAUGUGACGGUUUCAUGAGAUUCAUACAUUGAAAUGUUGACAUCUUCCCAUAAAGGUCAUGUAAAACAUUGUGGCCUUUUUCUUUCUGAGGUCUAUAAAUUGUAAUUUACUGCAUUUCUCAGUUUAUGAAUAAAAUUAAAUUUUAAUAAUUGUUUGCCAAAACGUGAGAACAGACCUAGUCAUAUUUCAAGCCAGACUUUGUGAGUGAACAAGAGAUGAAAGUAAACGCUCGUCGUCUGUGUGUCUGUCGCUGUUGGGACUGAACGCUGGUUUCUCUUUCUUAGGCCUUAUGGUUUGCAUAAAUGUUGAUGAGUUGAAUGUAUUGUGCUGUUACUACUUUUGCCUGCAUUUCUCCAGCAUUCGCUGUUUCUAUGUUCCAAACGGAAAAAAAGAGAUUCAGAAACAAAGAUUAAACAUGAUUUAAAAUACUGUAUACUGUGUAACGUAUGUAACUGUUUACUGUAACAGUUUGCUUGAAUUAAUAAAAACUAAUGUUCAAGGUUCUGACAGGA